AUGUCUGUCCCACCCAUUGCAAAGGCCACACUGCAGGCGGCGGUCAUCAAUGCUGGGUCGAAUGUGCUGGCGCAGGGGAUUAAGGCAUAUAGAAAUGAUAUUCCCUUCGAACUGGACCUCCAGGCACUGAUGCAAUUCACUACCUGCGCCUUCAUCGUCUCGCCGCUGAACUAUGUCUGGCUCAACAGCCUCGAGGCAUCCUUCCCCGGCACAACCCCAUCAAAUGCAGAGGAGUCCUCCAAGGAAAAGGAGAACGACGGCGCAGGCCCAGAUUCCUCCAAGCCAGCGCUCAACAUCGCCAACACAAUCGCCAAGGUUGUGAUCGACCAAAUCAUCGGUGGCGCCUGGAAUACGGUACUCUUCACCCUGACCAUGGGCGUCCUACGUGGACACAACCAUGCGAUCCUUCUCGCCCAGAUCCGGGAGGAAUUUUGGCCAAUCAUGGUCGCUGGCUUCAAGCUAUGGCCCUUUGUGUCUGUUCUCAACUUCACAGUGGUCCCGGUGGACCAGCGACUGCUGGUAUCCAGUCUUUUCGGCAUCGUGUGGGCCGUGUACCUGAGUUUGAUAGCUGGGUGA